AAAAAAAAAAAUUUGCUUCGCCGUAUUCGGCUCCGGUGUGAUUCUUGAGAAGAACUGAAGUAGAGAGAUCUGAAACAUCAAUCUCCGAUUUAACUUGCGACAAUGCUUCAAAUUCGGCUUCGGAGAGAUUCUCCGGCGGAGACUGGAAAUGGAGCGAGGCCUUCUCCGACGGAGACAGUUACUGUAGCCUGUCCUGACCAUCUCGUCCUCGCUGAUCUUCCUGUUGCGAAAGGAAUCGGUUCCGUGACUCCAACCACCGUAAUCAAGCCCGUUGGUCGUCGUUCUCGCCGUCAGCUAGGCGAGAGAGUUCAUUUCUGCGUCCGUUGCGAUUUUCCGAUUGCAAUCUAUGGUCGUCUGAUACCUUGUGAUCAUGCCUUUUGUCUUUGAAUGUGCUCCUAGUGAUUCCAUCUGCUAUCUAUGUGAUGAACGGAUUCAGAAAAUUCAGACAAUCAAGAUGAUGGAAGGAAUCUUCAUCUGUGCAGCUCCUCAUUGUCUUAGGUCAUUCCUGAAGAAACUUGACUUUGAAGC